UGCUUAAAAUUGGAGCAAUUAGUAUUGAGCCUUGUUACCGUGAGUUACGGCCGUUAUGUCUAGGCAAUUUUAAAGUCCCUUAAAUACUUAACAAUAAAUAUAAUAAUAUACUCGAUACUCUGCGGGUACUAAGUUUCCGUUUUAUGAUAUCGCGACGAAUCACGAGUUUUAUGCAUUUCAGUGGUUGUAAAUACCGUAAUCUAUUAUCGAUUAAACGAAUAUUUUGUCAUUUCUUUAAGAUGCCAUUUUACUCCGUGAUUUUCAGGACUUCAAAAUCCGGUGCAAUAGCCGAAAACUGGGAGUUGGCUCGUGGGUUGAGAGAUGCUACUCCUAAUUCGUAUGCCAAGAAAUUUGAUACAAGAAUAGAGGCUGAAAAAUAUAUUAAAGAUUUCAAAUUCAAGAUUGUGCAAAAUACACAAAACACUAAUGAUCACUUCAAAGGAGUGAAAAGAAAAAGACCCGAUACUCCAUAUCACCCAAUCAGCUCAGUGAAAGACCACAUAAAAAAAAUUAAAACGGCAUUCAGUGAUUUACAAGUUGCAGUAUCAUCAUUUUCAGGAUUAUCGGUGACCUGUGUAGACCAAUUGAAGAUUUUAAACGAUGAAGUUAUUAGUAAACUUCAUGAAAUAUUGAAUGUGAAUGAAACUGAAUCCAUAGAAGAUUUGUCCUUAGUUACUACAACAAAUACUCCAUUAAAUAAAAACCUGACAUUUUCUGAUGAAAAAGAUUCAUAUUCUUCAAAUAUUGAUGCUAUUGAUGGUACCGACUUACUCCCGUCUGAACUAGAAUCAGCAAAAAAAUCUUUCACAUUCAAUGAAAAAAAUGAAGUUGUUGUUUAUACGGAUGGUGCUUGUUCAAACAAUGGCUAUAAAGGAGCAUCUGCAGGGGCAGGAGUAUGGUUUGGAAAUCAUCAUCCUCUGAAUUUAUCAAUAAAAGUACCUGGAACACAAACUAAUAACAAUGCAGAGAUAUUUUCUACUAUUAAAGCAAUUGAACGUGUUAAUUCUACUGGUCUCACUAGAAUAAGUAUACACACAGAUUCGGAUUUUGUCAUUAAAAGUGUCAAUGAAUGGAUGCCACGUUGGCAGGCUAAAGGAUGGAAAACCAGUGCAGGGGCUGAAGUAAAAAACAAAGAAAUGUUUAUGAUAUUAAAUAAAAGAAUACAGUCUAUGGAUUCUGUUAGCUGGACAUAUGUGCCUGGCCAUAAAGGGAUUAUUGGUAAUGAAGAGGCUGAUAAGUUAGCCAGAUUAGGUGCUAAGAUGUAAGGGGUAAAGUUUUAAAGUUAUAAAACUUCACUUUUGUUACUAACCAGUUAAGUUUGUAUACGUUUUUUAAUUCAUAUUAACGAGAAAAAAAUGUAGAUAUUUUGUCUUACUUGGAUUUUUCAUCCAUUUAUUCAUAGCAAUAAUGUCAGACAAGCAAGAUUCAGUCUAUGUAUAUAUAUUUUAAACAAUAAAAGUAAACAUUUUGUACUUGGAA